AUGUACUACAACCAAUCUGGACCGUUGCUUCCAUUGCUCUGCAAUCCCUUUAACCAUGACCUCACCGAUCGUCCGUGCUCACCUGGUGAGCUCGAUUUGAACAAUGCUACUCAAGCAUGGAACAGUUUCGUGUGCCAAGUGAGCUCGAAUGGGACUUGUGCCACAACUGGGAGGCUCACGCCGGUGCUGUAUGGUCAGAUGGCAUCAUGUGUGACCAUCAGCACCGGUUUGAUCAGAGACGCACCAUUCCUGGUCCAGCUUCAGGAUUGUUCAUAUGCAAAGCAGACCUUUAGAGACAUAACCAGUGACCAUUGUCCUGGACUCCAACGUUAUGGCUAUUGGGUCUAUGUGGGUCUGGCCAUAUUAUCAACGGCUGUGAUGCUCUCACUUAUGUUUUGGAUUAUCUAUGGUAGAGAGAGACGGCAUCGGAAGCAAGCUCUACCGGAAUAUGCAGAAAGCAAGGAGAUUGUAAGAGUUAACUUUUGA